GCGGCACUCCAUAACACUCCAGGCGCCUGGACCCUCGACCCUCAAAGUGGCGUGGUCCCAAGUCACAGCCCCGUCGUCAGCCCCGUUACUUGCUUACCAAAAGUACAUAGCCGGUCAUCUUAACAGAAACCGGUGUCUGUGAUUUUGAGUUAUCCGAAACAGAAGCUCUGCAAACUAUUCUUCCAGCCAAUCGCCAUGCAGUCCGAAAACGAGACAUAUCUGGGAUUAGACCUAAGUACCCAAAAGCUAAAAGCCGUACUGCUCAACACCCGGCUGGAGAAUGUGGCCCACGCCGAGGUCAAGUUCGACUCCGACCUGCCAGAGUUCCGCACCAGCGGCGGUGUCAACGCCGGCGCCGCCAAGAAUGAGUUCUACGUCCAGCCGGUGAUGUGGGUGAAGGCGCUGGACAUGGUGCUGGAUCGGUUGGUGGUUCAGGGCGGGGAUUUGAGUACGGUGAUGGCGGUUAGCGGGUCGGCCCAGCAGCACGGUUCGCUGUACUGGUCACGCAGUGGACUCCACACGUUGCGGAAUCUGGACGCGGACAAGUUCCUGCACACGCAGAUUGACGAUUCGGCGUUUACGGUGCACCGGACGCCGAUCUGGAUGGAUGGGACGACGGGGGAGCAGUGCGAGCAGAUGGAGGAAGCGGUUGGGGGUCGGGACAAGAUGGUGGAGAUUACUGGGUCGAAAUGUUACGAGCGGUUUACGGGGCCACAGAUUCGGAAGGUGUUCCAGCAGCGGCCGGAUGUGUACCGGAAUACGGAGCGGAUUUCGCUGGUGAGCAGCUUCUUGGCUUCGAUCUUUUUGGGGGAUGUUGCUCCGAUUGACUUUUCCGAUGGGUCGGGGAUGAACCUGCUGGACAUUCGACAGCGGGCGUGGUCCGAUGUUUGUUUGACGGCUUGUGCUCCGAAUUUGGACGCCAAGUUGGGAACUCCGGUGCGGGCGGACUCGGUGAUUGGAUCGAUCGGGCAGUUCUUCGUUCAGCGGUACAACUUCAACACGGGUUGUAAGGUGGUCGCUUUCACUGGAGACAAUCUGUCCGCGCUGGCGGGAAUGACCAUUGGUCAGGACUGGCUUGCGUUAUCGCUGGGAACCAGCGACACGCUCAUGAUGAAACUCAACGAACCGCCGAAUCUCCAGGAAGGUCACGUUCUCGUUCAUCCGACGGAGGAUGGUUUCAUGGGGUUGCUCUGCUUCCGGAACGGUUCCCUCGUGCGGGACAUCUUCAAGCGGGCCGAAGCCAACGACAACUGGGAAAACUUCAGCGAACUGCUCGACUCAACUCCGCGUGGCAACUUCGGCAACAUGGCCCUGCACUUUAUCUCCAAGGAGAUCAUCCCGCCCGUCAAGGGCUCGCUUCGCUGGAACAAAACGUCCAGCCUGGAGUCGUCCGAGUCCGCGCGGGGAGUGCUCAAGUACAGCGCGCCCCAAACCGAAAUCCGAGCCCUGGUCGAGGGUCAAAUGUUGACCCGGAAGGCGUUCGCCACGGAAAUGGGCUUCUCGUUUGGGGAAAACACCCGGAUCUUGGCCACCGGAGGCGCCUCCGCCAACCGGUCGAUCCUGCAGGUCUGCUCGGACGUGUUCAACGCCCCGGUCUACAUCCAACAAACCACUGAAGCAGCUCUCGUUGGAGCGGCCUACCGCGCCAAGUACGUGCUGGAGAAGUCGCGCGGCCUGCAGCGGUCGUACUACGAUUACGUAACGCAGCUGCUGCCGGAGCACAGCGUGACGCGGGUUUGCGAUCCGGCCCAGGACAGCAGCGACAUCUACGACGGGAUGCUCGAGCGGCACAGCCAGAUGGUGGGAUACUUGAAGGAGCACCAGGAUUGAGGCUUACGGAAGGGGGUAGACUUGCAACGAACAUUCCAGUUUAUAUUCUUUAUUUUUUGUCUCUAUACAGACAGGUUUAGCAUUAAAUACUACGGGCUUUCUUUUAUUCGUAACAAACAACUUCUUGACGAGGACUUAUACUCCGCUAGUUGUGUUUUUAUUAAUUGUUAGACAUGUUAUAUUUUUGAUACGAUAGAAUUGUGUAAUAAAAUGCUUUCGAUACACCUAAA